AGGUUGUGCAUUUCACUUGGGUCGUUUUUUCCUUGGGCAGAAUCCACGUUUUCUUGGUUUGAAUAAUUUGGGAAAGUUUUCUUGGCUCUAUCGGGACCACAUCAAAGGAAAUUAUCUAGAAGGUUUGCAGAAGGGAUAUAGAGUCAAAGAAGGCGUUGCUUGAACAUGACUGUAACUUGAAGGCUCUUAUUUUAAUUGCGGUCUCUGUAUUUGACACCUGUGAAAUGCAUUUAGGUGCAUACAUUGAAAAGGGAAUAUAUAUCCAGAUGAUAUGAUAAAAAUGUGGAGGGUAAUGAAAGCAAUAAAAAAACAAUGAAAUUGAGUACCAUGUAUUGGAUCGGUAUUAAAUCCCCUUCAUUCAGUAAUUGUUUCUAUGCAAUUUAGCUGCAACCCAAUUUGGUUUCACAGAAUUCAGUUGUGUGUGACUGGAAGUUGUUUAUAGAGAACAGAAUACCGACGUUUGUGGGAAAAAUGGAGAAUUUUAUUUCAUCGCCUGACAAGGGAAACUCUUUCUUUAUCAGCAAUCUGACUUCUACUCCGUCAUUGGAAGUUGUGAGUUUGGCAGAUUACAACCCAUAUGGUAGUCCCGGUACGAAUUACAAUCCAUAUGGUAGUCCCGGUACGAAUUACAACAACUACAACUUCAAUCCCUCACUAGCGAUCCUCAUCGUGGGGUUGUUCAGCUUCCUUUUCUUUAUAAUGGUUUUCUUUAUCUGCAUCUGCCGCCGCUUGAACGUCGAGGAAGGUAGUAGAGCUUUCCGACGACCGCGUGCCAAUAACAAUAUGAGGGGCCUGGAGCGGACUGUCAUCGAGAGUUUUCCAGUAUUCAGCUACAGUCUGGUGAAAGGGCUAAAAUCGCAGGCGAAGGGGACGGAGUGCACCGUCUGCCUCAGCGACUUCGGGGACGAGGAUAUGGUGCGGUUGCUUCCCAAGUGCAGCCACGCUUUUCACCCGGAGUGCAUCGACAUGUGGCUAUGUUCUCACACAACGUGCCCGGUCUGCCGAGUGAGCCUUGUGCCUGGAGACGACUCCACUCCCAUGGCCACCGUCGAGCCGCAGACGCCACCCGAGCAGGUCACAAUCGUUGUCGACAAUGGAAAUAACGAAGCUCCGGAGGCGAGCCACGAUUCGACGGGGCACUCGUUGGUGAUGGUACAGAAGGAGAUGGAGCAGCCAACGGAGUGGUACAUCGCUACGCCUCGUGGGCUCACUCCUGGAUUGCACAGGAGCUGCAGCUUUGUAGCCGGCCAUCAUUUGCAGACGACGUCCACUUCUAAUGCGCCGCCAGCGGGGUCGAAGCCGGGCGGUUCUGUGAAUGAUGUAGGGCGCAGGUCGAAAUCAGAAAGAUGGGGGAACGGUUCAAAGAAUCCGAGCUCGUUUUUAAGAAGUUUUUCUGAGCGCGCAGUCCCUUUGCCCAGAGAGCAACGGGGGCUGGAGCAACCAAGUCACAAGGCUUAUCUGAGGAGGACGUUCAGUUGGCUGAUUGGAAGUGAGAGGGAGAGAAACAGACCGGAGGGAUCAGAGAACAGAUCAGUGUCCUCCAGACAUCAUCAAAUCGCCGUAUAAGUAGUGUAUUGUAACAAUCGCGAAAGAAAGUAAAGGGGCGUUUGCCCCUUUCAAAUCGUUCUAACCAUAAACCCACAAAGAUUGUUCAUGGCGCUGUCAUCUCGCACGCUCAGCCCCGUGUGGCAAAUCCUAUACAUUUUGUAAGUGGCCCCUUUGAAAUCUCCAGAACAGAAUACCUUGGAGCUGUCUUGGCAGGAAUAGGGAGGUUAGGUCAGGGAUUCGAAGUUUAGCUGUGUGAUAGGACGAACCUUUAAUGUACAAUAGACCUCUAAUCCCAUUUUUGAAUGGCUUACAUUUCACCUUUGUCAAAAUUAUAUCACCAACGUUUAAACGUAUUUUGGAAGGAAAAUAAAGUGUACAUUUCAUCUAUGCAA